UGUGUGUGUGUGUGUGUGUGUGUGUGCAGGACGUGGUGGUGGUGGGCGAGGAGAACUUCACCACUCCCUGCUACAUCCAGAUGGAGGAGGAAGCGUGUCACAUCCUGACGGAGACGCUGGGCACGUACUGUCUGGUGGGUCAGUCGGUCAGCGCCGCCGCCGCUAAGAGACUGAAGCUGGCCAUCUUCGGUCCGGUCAGCUGCACCGUCCUGGAGUACAACAUCAGAGUCUACUGUCUGGACGACACGCAGGACGCGCUCAAGGAGGUGCUUCAGAUGGAGAAGCAGAUGGGAGGGAAGCUGCUGGAUGAACCCAAGUCUCUGAACUUCAAGGACAGCACACACAACCUGCGUCUGUCUCUGCACGACGUCCCACACACUCUCUGGAAGAGCAAACUCAUCGCCAAAUACCAGGAGCUGGCGUUCCAGCAGGUGUGGAGCGGCUCUCAGAGGAACCUGCACUGUGUCUUCACUCUGGAGCGCUUCAGCUCCUCCACACUGGAGCUCUGCUGCAAGCUGUGUGUGCGACAGGUGGAGGGAGAAGGACAGAUCUUCCAGCUCAGCAGCACACUCUCUGAGGACUCUCAGUGCAUCGACACGUCUCUUCUGGAUCCGGCCAGUAACAUCACCACACUGGUGGGUCCCAACGCCUUCCGGAUCCCUCUGUCCAUCCGGCAGAAGCUGUGCGGGAGUCUGGACGCUCCACAGACGCGCGGGAACGACUGGAGGAUGCUGGCGCACAAACUCAACCUGGACAGGUAUCUCAACUACUUUGCCACCAAGUCGAGUCCGACCGGCGUGAUCCUGGACCUGUGGGAGGCGCAGCACUUCCCCGACGGCAAUCUGAACCGUCUGGCCGCGGUGCUGGAGGAGAUGGGACGUCACGAGAACAUCAUGAGCGCCGAGCACUGACACCGUCCCUUGAGAUCGCCGCCGGAUCACUGUGAGCUGCUCUGAACACGUACGGUUCCUGCUGCAGCCGUUUGCUUUUCUGGUUAGUGGUAUCAGUUUCUUAGGAAACGCGACUUCUGCUGUCCAAAUACUGGACCUCCGGCUUCCCGCCGUCUGUCCUGGACAUCACGUGACUCACAUCCGUCAUGGCGGUUGGAGGUACCUUUCUAUGAACACGUGUUGAGAAAUGCCUUUAUUUAUACUCCGCUCUAUAUACAGCAAACACAUCAGAACUGUAAAGUUUAACAGUGUUAUGCUUCUGUUUUCUUUUGGUUAUUAAUUGUUAUAAAACUGAGAGUUCCGCUCCUUGAUUCUGAUUGGCUGAGCCACGUUGGAAGCUGUUGUACAGUGCGCUACAAAGUAACAUACACCUUUGUUUACGUUUGUGUGUUGCUCGGCAACCACUUUGUAACAAACACAACUGAUUCUGAGGAGCUAUAUUGUUUGGUGGAAGAAUACUGUUGUUAUUAACAUCAUCAUUACACUUUAUUUGCUCUGUUUUAUUCUGUGAAACCUUACUAUGUAUAUGAAGUAACCGGUUUAUAAAAGCAAUAAGCACCGUGAAGCUGUGGUUUACAGUGAAUAACGGCCCUUAGCUGUGAUAAAUUCACUGUAAACCACGGCUUCUUGGGGCUUACUGCUUUAUUUUGUUGCAUAGUGAUCUGUGUGUAACCGAAAUGUGGAAGAAAAAGGAAACAAAGGAACAUCUUUGAGCGCUGUAUUGCAGACCAAGCUGCUUCGGGGCUGAAGCGUUUCAGGAAUAGAGUUUAGUGGCCAGAAUUCACAGGUUUCAUCGUCAGUCUCGGAUCCUUUAGUUGACUAACGGACGGACAGCAGCGGAUCGGAAGACGUUCAGGAGAUCGUACGGGAGCGUGAGUGAUGAACGGAUGGAUGCAUGCGGUAAAAUACAAAGUGUACAGAGACCAACUAAACUAAUAGCCAUUGGAGUGUGUUUGUACAUUUGCGUUCACUUCUUGUCCAGAUUUCUAAAGCUGUCUAUGCAAAACCUGCAUCCUUUAUAAAGAAAGUUAUACAUGCUAGCAGUCGCUUUCCAUAGGUCUCAUACGAUUAUUAUAUUUAUAGUGAGGAUGUUACUUAUUCUUUUAUGGCACGUUCAUGAUGUAUUUUGCGAACGCUUGCAUCUCCUCUGUGAAGUUUCUGUACAAAAUGUAAGAAAGAAUUUUUAAAACAAGCAAUAAAUUAUAUUUAUAUGCAACACUGAA